GUUUGUUUGCAAUUUCCACGUUCCAUUAACAACAAAAGACUGCCACAUCUUGAAUUGAACGUGCAAAACCUCAAGGCAGCAAUCAAUUUCAGUGAAUUUAGUGCUUAUGGUUCAGCAAGCUUAGGGGAUCUUUUCCUUUUUGACCACAGCUCCAUUGGUAAGAAUAUACGAACCUCAGUAAUAUUAUAUGCUUCCAUUUUAUAAGUUGAUUAUUUUUAUAUGACUGAUUAUUAUCUUUCCUGUUUAGAGCAUGAUAGCACAGAUGAUAGAUUAUACCAGAUGUCUCACCCAGCCAAGAUUGUGUCCUCGAUUUGUUAUGAGCACGCGUUGGCCGCCAUUUUGGCAGUAAGUGUAAUCCACGCUAUGAAAUGUGAGCAAUCACGCAUUUUGGCAGUAAGCGCCAUUUUGGCAGUAAGUGUCGCACGCGUCAUCUGGCGUAAUAGCCUCGCGAAAAUCGCGGACACGAAAAUCAUAGGGAUAGAUACACAGUGAGACAUCUGGUACAAUCUAUCAUCUGUGAUGAUAGUUAUGAUAGACAUAAUGCUUGUGGCAUUUUAAUACUUAGACUAUACGAGGGUGACUGAUCUCAGAGUUCAAGAACCUUAAACUGUAUCAUUUUCGUGGGCACUAAGCCUGUAUGUGCUAUAUUAAACUGUGGCAUGAAGGGAAUGUCAAGUAGAUGGUGGUCUCAAAUACCCACAUAGAAAUAGAAAGCAAACCCGUAGAGCAAAUAGUUAAACCUGAAAUUUCACCUAUUCCACUUUAGGUACUCUGAUGAAACCAUUGUCUGUUUUGGAAUCAUCAGAGGAGAAAGAUCUUAUCUCGGUACAAUAUAGUAAGGUAUGUAACAUAUUAUCAUAUUUGCAAAUGACUACCAUACAGUGUAUAGGUAAUGGAAUUCUUGCAUAUAUAUAUGAACAACAAUUGGGAUGACGUGUUGUGGAUCGGCGCAAUGUCUUAUUAACAGCUUUGUUAUUUGUUAGAAGAAUAAAGAAUCGCCUUGAUCAACAGGUUCUGCAUGAUUAAUUGGACUCUAAUAAUUAAGGCCUAACAAAAAAUGUGACCUGUGGUUCUGGUCUACAGAACCUAAUUUUUUAUGUUGGGUUGUCAGCUUACCUACACUAUUUUUUCAUUACUCACAUUAUGAUAAACGUGGCACCAUAAUUGGUGUCUCUGUUGCCCACAGUUAUUCGUUCUUAAUUGAAAUGAUUGUGUUUUGUGAACAUCAAAUGAUUACACACCUGCAUGGUCAUUGCGGACACAUGUCAAGUCAAAAAAAAAUUACGAACCCAUCUCUAUAUAAACAGGGUUGUUCUUAAAAAUAAUUGCAGGAAGUGUCUCCGUCUACUCCGUCAAAGACAACACAGACAUUGAAAGUUUUGUCUACUGUAAUCAAACUUCAUUUUGAAGAACAAUCUGUCCUGAGAAUUCAAGAACUUUACAAGUCAUUUUUAAACAGGUAAACUGCAUAUUUCUUCAUAUGUCAUAUUUCUUCAUAUGGCAAGUAAAUAUAGAUGAUUCUACAGUGUAUGUAUGUUGUGGUAAUAUAUGCUUUUGGUGUAGAUGCUUAUCUCAGAGACAGAUGCUCUGGCCAUUGAAGUGCAAUAUUUCAGAUGGUGAGCUAAGGUUACGUUGCAUGUGUACUGCUAACUGCAAGUCUCGACAUGUUUUGCUGUUGUUUAACACCUGCAUUUCUGUAUAUGUAUGUUUUUGUGGUAGCUGAUGAUCAUAUAUAUGAUUUUGAUGUAGAUAUAAGCUUGAUACACAUCUACACCAAAAUCAUAUAUCAUAAGCUAUACCACAUUAUUUAAAAAAAACCCAACAAAAACAUGUCGAUACUUGCAGUUUGCAAGCAGCACACAUGUAAGAUACAGCAUACAUACAUACAGAACUAUGUAGUAAGUAAGAUAACCUUAGCUCAUCAUCUGAGCUACUGGCCAGUUAUCGGAAUGUUAUGUGGUUCGAUUCCAGUUAGGGCUCAGAAGCUUUUUUGAAAUAUAAGCUUGAUAGGCAUCUACACCAAAAUCAUGAUUCUAUAUGUUUAUGGUAUAUCUUUUGUAGUUUCAGGGUAUCAAACAAUCCUAACACCCAGACGAGUUUUGAUGAUCUGGAUAACAACGAAACAACAAGCCCUAGAAUGCACAACAGUGAAACUGAAGAUGUUCAAGCCAAGACAACUGAUGAUAUGAAACUUACUGUCAAUUUUGACCGACUCGAAGUAACGCUAAGUCGAAAAGAAACCUACAUAGUUGGAGCAGUUAUUGAAGGUGAGUAUAUAUAGGCCUAAUUUCUCGCAUGAGUUUUUUAUUAGAGACCGACAAGAGCACAUUAAAGAAUAUUGCAACCUAAUAAAAUUUGUCUUUCAGAUGUUUUCACAGAAGUAACCCUUGACGAUGAGAAGGUUGUCAUUAUUUCAAGGUAAUUACUGAUUGACAAUUAUCAGGAAAAUAGUGGUGGAAUUCGGAGGUAUGGGGAUUACUACUAUUGAAUAAAAGAGAAAAAUAUUUUAUCAGUAAUGCAAAGCAAGUUAAUUCGACUUCUUCUAAAAGGUUUUCAAAAGCAUUUUCAUUACUAGUUUUAAGAAUGUUAUGUACUGUGACAGUGUUUAUCACUGCCAAUAUGUCAUAUUAUUAAUGCUUUUGGUAAGGUAAAAUUAAGGUUCAUUAAUUAUUCAGGAGUUCACAGAUGGAGUUUCAUAUAUUUUGCUUUUGAUGAAGAAAGUUAAUUAAAGUGCCCCUGUGACGAAAAAAUCAUCUCUCCAUUUUAGAUAGCUAGAAAAUACAUGCAUGCAGAAACCCUCGCCUUCUGACAAAACCAUUGUAUUUUCCGAACAUGAAGUAUUUAAAGUAGUUGUCAUGGUAACACGAUAAUUUUUUAAGAAUAUUUUAUAAAUGAAAAAUACCCUAAAAAUAUCACUUGAAAUUACAAAAUUACCAAUUUCCCAAACAUAUUUUUGUUAGCUAUGUUAUUAUUAUACGUAAUAUAAGCUUCAAUUUAAGGUAAAAUUCAACCACAAACGCUUUGCAAAACGUUUUUUAAAACUUUUUUUUUAAACGUUUAAAGCCCGGGGCGAGAGUACUAAUUCCCCCGGCUAUUUACACCCGGGGAAACGAAAGCAUUAGCGAAGUCUAAAGUUCGUCAAUGAUCGCGGGCGUGAGUGACCGACGGUGGGUGGUCAUCCUCACUGAUCUCAAAAAUAUGGCGGACUGUCAUGAAUAGCGAACACUGAUUGGUCAAAUUUAAAAUUUGCAUUAUAACGACUGCAUGACGACAGCGAAAUAGCAAACAUUUCUUGAUUCGAUGAUUUCUUGCAAAUAUAUUUCAUUUUUGCAAGAUUUUGUGAAUUUCAAAAGCUUUUUAAGGAAAAAGGGCGAAAGAAUCGCUAAAAGAAGGGAGCAAAGGCGCCGACGUUAAAUAAGGUAAGUUUGUUUUAAUAUAAAUGUAUUGUUUGCUUUAUAAUUGCUUUAAAAGCCGAUCGUAUAAACGUUGCGUAUAAACGAAACAAGACAGCAUAUAAUUUCAGUGUAUACUUUAUUGACUACCCUUUUUUAUUAUAAAAAAUAAAAUAAAAAGGAAAGCAAAGUUAUUUGCAUGCGAGAAUUUGAAAUAAUUUUAUUUCAAACUCAAAGUUUAUCGAUAAAGCCUUAAAGUGUUCUUUAUAAAACUAAACUGCCUUUUGGCUUUAUCGAUAAACUUUGAGUUUGAAAUAAAAAUUGAAAAUGAUUUCAAAUUCUUGCAAAAAUUUCGCCUUUGCUCCCUUCUUUUAGCUGAUUCUUUCGCCCUUUUUUCUUAGAAAGCUUUUGAAAUUCACAAAAUCUUGCAAAAAUGAAAUAUAUUUGUAUGAAAUCAUCGAAUCAAGAAAUAUUUGCUAUUUCGCUGUCGUCAUGCAGUCGUCAUAAUGCAAAUUUUAAAUUUGACCAAUCAGUGUUCGCUAUUCAUGACAGUCCGCCAUAUUUUUGAGAUCAGUGAGGAUGACCACCCACCGUUGGUCACCCACGCCCGCAAUCAGUGAUGAACUUUAGACUUCGCUAAUGCUUUCGUUUCCCCGGGUGUAAAUAGCCGGGGGAAUUAGUACUCUCGCUCGGAACGGCGCUGCGCACCGUUGGCUCGGGAAUUAAACAUUACCUACAGUAUACCUCGAAAUAAGCUAGCACGGCGUUCUUGGUUUUUAAAUAUCUUGUUUCGUUCUCAAGACAUUCAACUUUUUAAAACAUGCAAAUUAGGUCCAAAGUAACGUCAUUUACUCCAGAAUAUUAAAUCAGAUUUAGAAAACGAUGAAUAUCUUCCUUCGUGACAGAAGCAAUUCAUUCAAACUUUGUGCUAGUAUAGCGAAGAGUGUUCACAUCUCAAAAUUUGUAUCACGGCACGGUUUUCAUGGAAACCAUAAAACAACAAAUGCUUGUAAAGCAAAAACGAUUAUUUCUUCACUGCUAAACAAGCUUUAAACUAUAAAGCAUAGGACGGAAUACUCGCAAAAGUCAAGUUUUAGUCACAUGAAUCGUCAUAUUUUUCAUAAAUGGAAAACACCAUUAACAUUUUUUAGCGAAGUUGUUAUUUUUUGCACUGUUUCCAUGGAAACAAUGUAUGUACACAUUGAGCCGCCGGGGCGAGUAAUCCCUAAUUGUACGAGCAACAUCGCAUGAUUACUUGUUUAUUAUUAGCAUGACAAAAUUGGAUACUUCUCAAUGUCAACAUCAUAUUCUCUCGCCAAAGCCCAGUCCUGCCAGACUUUCAACCACAUUUUUUUGCUUUUCGUAUUUUCAUUUAGUUCUUUUGUUAAAGGAAAAUUUACUCAUACCUUUCCGCCAUUUUGUUUGUUUUGGGAAAAUCAUUAAUUGUACUGCAGUACAAUUAAUGAAAUAAUUGUACUCCUCUCAACCAAUCAGCAUCCAGUAAUUUUGUCAUGCUAACAAUAAAAUAAAUAAUAAACUAUUCUUUGAGGUCAUACAUUACUUUUAAAAUUAAUUUAUUGAUAUUUUAAAUAAAUUGCAAUUUAGUGGUGAUUUGAUUGAUAUUAUUAAAUAUUUUUUAGACAAAAAGGACUAUCCGUUACAGAUUUGAGUCCAUUAUCCAACUAUUGUAAUGUAAGUAGUAUCACACAAAUGUCUCGGCAUCAAUUUCAUGUUUUUUAUGUUGUGUUUAACAGGCAUUUUUGGUGUUCUCUGCUUAAGGUUGUUACAAUUGAAGGAGAUAAACUGUUUGAUUUUCAGGUAAGCCAUUUCUAAAUACUUCCGUGUUUGGAUGGCAAAUAACACGAAGACGUUUUUAUGACCAUGCGUAUAAGCGCAAAUUGUUUUUGUUUAAAAAAAAUCUGCUAGCGGAUGACAAAACAAUCUGUAUCUCCAUAUCUUCAUUUAAAACCCGACAUACUGUUGUGUUCUGUACCUUCGAGUCCCAUCCCAAAUACGAAAAAUAUCCAAGUCCUCGAUGCUAAAUCCUAAAGUCAAAAUCUAAAUGCAAAUACAUCGAACAGGAUUAUAUUUGUAUGGUUUUAUAUUGUAAACAAACGAUCUGCUCCAGAAAGGAUCUACUCCACAAACGUUAUGCACACAGCCUGUUUUCCCUGCGGAUAUAUCGCGGAAAAUUUUGGAUAAUUUAUAUCAUUCAAAUUGUCUAGUCUAAGCAUAGUUCUGAUGACAAAAUUUGUACAUAUGCACUUAGCUCAGAAUUAUGAACGGUUUUAGCUAGCUACUUUAUCUGUAUGUAAACUAUGCCUACCUGCCUAUCUAACUACCUACCUAAUGUAUGUAAGACAAAAUAAAAUAAAAUAAACCUGGUUUGCUUCAUAAUAUUUUAUAAGCAAGUAAACCAGGAAAGAAAAGAAGUAAACUAGUUUUCUUAUGAAUUAAACCAGGUUUAUUUUAUUUUGUAUAUUUUUGUGUUGUAGUACCAAACUCUGCCAAGUGCAUCGAAUUCUUGUUGCACUACUAACCACAAGAAGUUUAUGACCACACCACAUAGUCUACUCUCCCUUGAUAUUGGGAAAAUUCGCUUUGUACUCCUGUACAAACUACUAUCCAAAAUGCAGGUAAAAAGUCAGUGUCGUUGUUUGUCACAUUUUUUCUUCCUAGCGUUGUGUUUUUGACAAAUUAGCCCAUUCAAAGAUAUGAAGGAAGAUAUUUGUAUAAUUUUAAUUUAAUGAUUCCGUUUUAUUUACAGGUAUUUUUUCAAAAUCUUAUUAGUCCUGAAACAACGUCAUACAGCUACGAAUUGGCUCAAAAGACAGUUCAAGAACAGGUGUGUAUUGUGAUAUGUUCUGUCACUCCUGCAUGGCCAAUUCUAUUACUUCACCCAUAUUCAGCAUCAAGCAAAGAAAUGGAUUCAUAUUUUUAAAAAUAUAGCAUUCAUCCCAGAAAACUGACUUUCUGGUUCAAUCCUUUUAUUGAUCAUUUAUUCACACUCCACAGAUAAUUUGAGGACAGAUUGAAAUUUUCUGUCGCCAAAAGCUUUCGUAUGUUUGGCAGGCAAUACCAGUUUUUUAUCUUUACUAUCAUUUCUCUUUACAUUUUAUUUACUACUUUCAUUUACAAACAAUGUUUAAUUUUUCAUGAAUAAGAAAUGUUCCAAAUGAUGUUUCCUUGAAUAUGAAAAGUAAAUGUUGUUUUCUUUUUCAGGGCAGUUAAACAUUAAUGCCAACGGAAUUGUUGUUGACCAUGAAAAAUAAACGUUCCGAAACAUGUUCUCUUUUUUAUGGAAAUUAAAUGUUUCACAGAAUGAUAUUAUUCAUCAAAAAUAUACAUUCCAAAAGACGUUAAAAACUUCACCAUGAAAACCAACUUUUGGUAGUUGUCUUCUUCACCAUGAUGCGUAAAUGUCCAAAAAUGUUUUCUAAACAAUGGAAAAGAAACACUGUAAAUUGAUUUCUUUAUCAUAAAAAUAUCUGUAAACAUAUCAUGAAAAGUAAAUGUUCAAAUCGGUGGUAUGUUCAGCAAUUAAACACCACAAAAGAUGUUGAAAUUGCCUCCUUCACUCUCAUGCACAAAUCUCCCAAACUAUUUUCUUCAAAAUUAAAAACAUUCUAAAAUUGCCUCCUUGAUCACAUGUAUAACUAUUCCUACAACUGUUCUCUUCAUCAUCAAAAUAAACAUUUCAAAAGACGGUUUAAAACUUCACCAUCGACAUUCAAAAGAGAACAUUCAAAGUAUUUUCUUCACAUCCUUGCAUUAAUUAGCAAAACUGUUUUUGUCAAAAUUUAAAAGAGCGUAAAAAAUAUCUAUUCCUCUAACACUUUUCUUUUUCGUGAAGAAUAUACAUUCAAACCCAUGCUCUAUUUAGUGAUGAAACUUGCCAGGAGUUAUUUAUGAAAGUAAUUCAACAUUCCACAUCACAAAGAAAUUUUGUUCAUCAUGACAAAUGAGGGUUCUGAGAAUGUUGCAAAAGAGGUUUUUAAAACUUCACCGUGAAAAGCAAAUAUUUGAAAAUUGUUCAUGAUUAAAACAAUUGUUCAUGAUUAAAACAAAUAACCAAAGCAACAUGAUUAAAACAAAUUUCUUCAUUAAAUAACUAUUCCUCCAAAUCUUUUCUUCAUCAUUAAAAGUAAAUGUUCAAACAGAUGUUCUGUUCAGUCAUUAAAAAUCACAACAGAUAUUUACUAUUGUUUAUUUACUGAUGUUUUUUUUAAAAACUUCACCAUGAAAAACAAACAUUUGAAAAUUGUUUUUUUCACCAUGUCCAAAUGUUGACAAAUAUUUUCUUCAUACUCAAAAACAAAAGACUCUAAAAAUGAUUUGAAAAAUUAACACUGCAAAAGAUGUUUUGAAACCAGACCAUGCAAAGCAAACAUUUGAAUUUUUUUUUCACCAUGAUGUGUAAAUGUUUAAAUUCUCCACAAUAAAAAAAAACACUUUGAAAUUAUUUCUUCAUCAUGAAUGUUUGCAAUAAUCUAGGUAAUUAAGAAUAAUGUUUUCUUAAUCUAGGCAAUUAAGCAUUCCAAGAGAGCUUCUCCUCAUUGUGAAAUAUAAGUGUUUUGAAAGAUUUGUUCUCUUAAUUGAAAUUAAUAUUUCACAAAAUGUUUAAUGUUUUUAAAACUCCACCAUGAAAAGAGAACAUUUGAAGAUUGGUUUCAUCACCAUGACAUAAAUGAAAAAAUAUUUUAUUCGGAAUUAAAAAGAACACAUUGAAAAUGCUUUCUACAUCAUAAAAAUAACUAUUGCUCUCAAUGUUUCUUCAUAAUGAAAAUAAAUGUUUAACAUGGUGUUUUUUUUGGUGAUUUAACAAGAUGGUUUCUUUGUCAAGGUGAUUGAAAAUUCAGAAAACCGUUUUCUUCAUCUUCCAAAAGAUGUUUUUUUCUUAAUGGAAACUAAACAUUUCACAACAUUUUCAUCAUCAAAAUAAAGAUUCCAGAAAAAAAGAAUGUUUUGAAACUUCUUCUUUGUGAAAGAUAAUAGUUAUUUUAUUUAUUUUUCUUGAGUUGGCUACACCUAAACCUGUCAGGAAAUGUUUUUAAUAAAAAUAAACCAUAUAUACCAUUUGAAAUUUUGAAAAAAGGAAUAAAUAUUUAAGUAAAUAGUGGAACUUUUUAAACCGGUUUUGAGUUUUCAAGUCUCAAAAUGUAGAAAAUGUGAUAAUUUAUGGCAUAAGUUUAUUGACUUUAUUAUUUUGACAAUCUUAAACUCCUUUUGUCCAAAACCAGCUUUAAUAAUCACACUACUCACUUAAUUGUUUUUAAUAUACUUUUUUCAUAUAGUUUAUUUUUGUAAAAAGUGUACUUUAAAUUUUACAUUUUUAGUCAAGGUAGUUCCUGUUGUCUAAUUUUAGGCUAUAUCCGAAUGUAAAACGUUUGUCGAACCCCAUCAAUUUUGGUUCUUUGACGUCUAGUAAAUGCAAAAAAUAAAGCAAAGAAUUUUUAACAUGUUAUCCUACAGAAUUACACUUCGUAGCUCACUAAGAGGACUGAGUGACAUCCAUGCAAUCCAGAUAUAAUAAACUAACUAUUUUUUCUUGUACAUACAAAGUUGUUGAAUACAUAAUUCGUAGCUAUAGAAUGCAUAAUCUGCUUUUUUCAAUUUGUUUCGGUAUGAAUUAAUUUCUUCAAUUCCUAAUUAAACUAAAGAACAUUAUUCUUUGAUAAAAACGAAUUUAGGUGGGAUAUUACAAUUAAUAACUUUGAAAGAUAACAUUUGGUGAACUACCAACAUUUUCAAUAUCUGCCACUAAGUCAAUCGAUUCAUGCAACCUUGUACUUUUUUGUUCGAGAAGCUUUUAAAUUAUUUAUUCUUUUAUAUUUUAGCUUGAAAGUAUUGAGACACAAGGCACGAGGAUAGCCCUUCAAGUAUCCAUUGAAGCACCCAUAGUAAUCGUACCAAGUCACUCGCAGUCAACCGACUGCCUUAUUGCUGAUUUAGGUCGCCUGAAUGCUAAGAACGACUUUACCUUGUGUAACAAUGUGUAUGAUGUCAGCCAAGAGGUCGUUGUUGAGAAAGUUGAUGUUGAUUUGCAGUCUGUACAGCUAUCAAGGUUGGCUAAAUAAUUAACAAAUUUCAGCUUUCUUCUUUUCUGCCUUAAAUUCCAGCUUAUUUUAUUGAACUUAAAUGACAUCUGACAUUUUGUCUGUGCUUUUCUGUGACUGCAUGAUUUAGGACAUAAUACCUGCAUACAGUAUAUGACUUUGUUUUCUUAAUUAAACUAUUAUCUUUACAACAUGCAAUUGUUGCAAUUAGUUUAUUGUGAUUCGUUAAGUUUCGGAAACGGUUGAACACCAAACCUUUUGGUUCAAAAUUGUUGUUGCGAGACCACGAGUAAAAAUAGAAAGAAUGUGUUAUAAAGACGAUUUUAUGAUUGUUAAGUCAAAGCCGUUGUUUAUUCGGCUAAGAAUAAACAACGAGAACGAGAAAAGAAUAAUAAGAUAUAAAUACAUGAUUGAACGAAGAAAAUUUUGGAAUAAUUACAAUUCUUGUUUAGUUUUCUGAUAUAUUAUUUGUCGCACUCAUGCCGUUUCUCUUGGAAGAAACCGGGAUGCCCAUGACUUCGAUCGAGCUAUCUCUCUCAACAUAAUAGAGCCAAACUGAAAUUCAUACUUUGUUUACUGUCACCAUAAAACCCCCAGUAUGUUACUGUACAUGCGGCCUCCAAGUAUUUCCAUAUGGAAAUCAUUAAUGUCAACACACUAUUUUUAGAGGAAGUCUUGAUUUCAAUUCUGGGACAAUGGCCCGCCGUUUACUAGUAAAACCACUAAAGAUGACCCUAGUGGUAUCGCGUUCCAUGCAAGCGAGUGCCCACUGGCUACCAUACUUGAGCAUGGACAUCAGGCUGGAACAUGUUGAGGUAAUUGUGAAUUAUUUUUUUACCAUUGAACAACCUUACCAUCUUCUACUUCUAUUACAUCCAUGUGAGCUUUUUGGGGUGUAGAUGCCUAAGUGUCUUAUUCAGAUAUUCACCAAUGUCUAGACAAACAUGGAUGAAACAGAUUACCAGUUGCUUGUUUCUGCAAUGCAGCAGAAUUACGCUGAGGCGGAAGUCGUUUUUGGAAGCACUUCAGGUCAGUAGAGUAAAAUUAUAUUAUAUCUACAAUCAUGCAGAGCUCCAGAUUUGUACAACUUCGAAGCAGUAUUUCUCCAGAAUGUUGUCGUUGUAUUUCACCUCCAAUAUAUAUAACGGAAAAUUUAAAUUUAAACACUGUUGGCCGAUCAUACAGUCCAAGGCUGAAAUAUUAUAGUUUAAGAUGCAUGUGAUGUUACUCUGAGUGUGUAUCCACACCGGGCAGGCUUGAAAAAUAUGCCUGGCCACGGUGGGAAUCGAACCUACGACCUUUGGAAUACUAACCCAAUGCUCUGCCAACUGAGCUACGCGGUCGGUCGGCAGAGCAUUGGGCUAGUAUUCCAAAGGUCGUAGGUUCGAUUCCCACCGUGGCCAGGCAUAUUUUUCAAGCCUGCCCGGUGUGGAUAUACACUCAGAGUAACAUCACAAGCAUCUUAUUCACCUGAGUACAUUACACCAACACAGCAAAUAUCAUGAUUAUUAGAUUACAGUGAUAUCGAAGGAACUAGAGUCAGUUCCGAAAUAUCACAUACUCGAACCGACCUUACCGCGUAGCUCAGUUGGCAGAGCAUUGGGCUAGUAUUCCAAAGGUCGUAGAUUCGAUUCCCACCGUGGCCAGGCAUAUUUUUCAAGUCUGCCCGGUGUGGAUAUACACUCAGAGUAACAUCACAAGCAUCUUAUUCACCUGAGUACAUUACAGCAAAUAUCAUUAUAGUUUAAGUAGUCUUGAAGAAAACAACAAUUGUCAAGCAGACAUUUUAUAACUAUUAAGUACUUUUAUAAAAUACAAAAUAAUGCAUGGAUACAUUGAGUAUUUUCAUUUUGAUAUUGUCAAUGUUUUGACUAAUAUUUAGUCAUCGUAAUACAUAUACAGUAAGUGCUAAGAUAAAAUUGUGAAAGCUGUAUAUAGUACAAACUAAGACAGGUGUUGUAAAUCUGUCAACACAACAUGAACUAAAUCUUGAUAAGGUGUAGGUGAGUUAACGUUGAAAGCGUGUAAUUAGGACCUAAUAAAAGUAUUUUUGUUGUUGUGCACAAAGUAUUGUUUGGAUUUCUACCGCUCAAGCGGGCGAUUUAUAAAUUGCCCGGUUCGGAGGCAAUUUAGAGAUUUAAAUGCAUGCAUGUUCAGAACAAUAGAAUCCGAGGUCAUCAUGAUAUUACAUAAUACUUGAUUUUGGUAUCUCUCCUCUAUACACACUGGUGUGGGAAGGGUUUGUCUAAAUAUAGACGUACACACAUGUAUGUGUUGACAGUGACGUUAGGAUUAUGCAGCAGAUAAUUUGUAUGCUCUGAAAUUGUACCUAUAAAUAUGUAGAAUAUAUGUAAAUAAGAUCUACUAUUAAAUAACACCUAAAUUUAUACAAGGUAGCGUUAGGGCUGUAUACAUACUGAUUUCUCCAAAACAUUUCCUGUACAGUAUAAAGAGAUUAUUGUUUACUACAUGUCUAGGUUUAUCUGGAGAUGUGUUUGUCAAUGAACUUUCGGAACUGAAUGAUGUCGAUUACCCUGAUACAUCAAUUGGGCCAGUGCAUGAAGGAACUCACCAAGGUAAGGACACAUUGGCAUGAGUGAAUCGAGAAGAUACUAACGGGGAUGAAUCUUAAUUUAAUUUAGGCGCAUGCAUGGGACACACCAGGGCAGGAAAAAAGAAUUUUCUUCCUGGGAGCACAACCUGGAGACAAACACUCCCUGCAGACAUAAAUAUGCAUGUGCAUAAACAUAUGGUGUUCUAGCUGACCAUGGUUUUAAAUUCAAGCAAUAAUGUCUGUCAACCAUAAUUAUUCUGCAAUUCAAAAAUUGAAGCCGUGAUUGCAGACUCAGGAUAUUACCAUGAAAUGAGCAGAUUCGUAUGUUUUCUAUUUCUUAAACAGGGAACUUAAACAUUAAGUUAAAACCUAUUCCAAAUACAUUUUUAAACUAUUCAAAUGAUGAAAGUUUUGUUGUUUUUUAAGCGUUUAUUAGCGAGUGGGAACUACCAACAUGGCCGCCAUCUAUUCAAAUGGGAGUAACCGCUGGAAUAUUCUUGGCUUCAAUUUUACUAAAAGAGAUGCGCUAUCUAGUGUAUAUAAGAUAUCUAUGCACACAAUCCAUGGCAAUUGCGCCCUUAGUAAUUUCUAAAUGUGUUUGUUAUUGUAUGGAAAUAUUCAGUAUGUAUCCUGUUUGUCUUCUUUAUGACUUCAAGGUGAACCGAGCAAGAUAUGGGAUACGACUGUGGCAACAUUUACCUUUUCUGGUCUGAGUCUUUCAUUAUACAAUGAUGAAAACAACAUGGUAAGUUUGCAAAUUGUUUCGUGACUAUUAAUAUUGUGUGUUUACUUUUCUAUUGAUGCACAUAUGUUAAAGUUUGGGAAAACCAAAAUCACACGCAACAUUUUGCAAGUGUCCUCCACUGCUUUUAUUUUUCUUCAAAAUAUUUAAGUUUGUCUCACGUUCUUGCCUCGCACAACAGUAUUGUCUACUCCAUCAACUCUUAUUUAAUAAUUAUAACAAUUAUUCACCGAAGUGGAGGUGAAUAUUGCAAGAUAUUCGCCGACACGUGAAGCGUUGAGCUGAAUAUCCUUGCACUAUUCACCAAUACUGAGGGGAAUAAUUACUUUAGCAUAUACCACAACAAAAUAAAAAUGAUCAUAAAACGAAGCUAAGAAACUAUUUUUAGAACAAAUUGUAUUUUGGCUCCCGUAAUAUUGUAGUUGUGAACAAAACGGUAUUUACACGCCCUUUAGUAAUGUUAUUCAGUUGACAUAUCUUUAACAAUACCUCUACACAGUGUUAAACAAAACGUUGUAGCUUUCUUAAUGGUGUUUUGCAAAACGGCAGCUUCUUUAGCACAAAUACCUUAUUAUAGGAAAUUAACGAUGCACUUUAUUAAUGCGACAUAAAUUAACGCGAAUUGCUUCUAGGUCUUUUAAAGCAUGAUUAUAUUAACGCGAAUCUGAUCUCCAUGCUUGACAAAUUAAUUAAAUUAACGCGAAUCGGAAAAUAUAGACACAACAACAACAACAAAGGUUUGUUAAGAGGAGCACUGAUGUUUUUAGUUUACGUUAAUAUGCUGUAUUUUGAUAUUAAAAUAAUUAGUAUUAUAUAAAACGAAUCUAGGUAUUUUUAACUAACGAUAAAUGAAAAUUACAAACUUAAAAUUAACGAUCACAUAAAUUAACAUUAGUGAGCGUAAGCAAGUGACGUUAUUGACAACACAAACGUCAAGAGUAACGUCAGAAGACUGGGUCAAGAGCUGUGAUUGGUGGAAAACGUCAAUUUUACUUCCGGUCGACGCCCGUGUUGUCAAAAAUGUCACUUGCUUAAGCUCACUAUUAAUUAAAUUAACGCGAAUUUUUAAAAUCCGCGUUAAUAAAGUGCAUCGUUAAUUUCCUAUAAUAAGGUAGUUGCUCAGUAUAACCCGGAACGAAACGGCAAGCCAUUUUGUGUUUGUCUGGAGGUGAAUGGUGCAAGGAUAUCCCGAACUGAGCGACCAAUCAUAUUGUGCGAGAGGUACUGUCCAACUCCCAAGUAUGUGUUAAUACUCGUGACUAUUCGACUGACCACUAUGUUGUUGUGUUUUAGGAACCUUCAAACUAUCUUUCACAAGAACACAGUAAAGAAAAGACUCUCUGCAUGUGUGAACUACAGGAAAGCAAUGGGACUUUCUCGAUACGAAGUGACUCGUCUAUUGACCUUCGUCUAUAUCUUUAUGGCUGCAUUGUGGAGGACACAAGGCCAAGUAAAAUGACUGCUUUUCCAAGGUAUGCAGUGGAUUUACACUCGUAGUAAAAACUACAUUGAUUAUCCUCUGUAAAAUAGGAAUGUUCCGUUUACCAAUAUACCGAAAAUAUCGGUAUUGAAAAAAUAUACUGAUAUACCGCAAAUAUCGGCAUUCAAACCAACCAUUCAUACCGAUCGACCGAAAUUUCCGAUACAUCGGAAUUUUUCAGUAUAUCCAACCAAAUUUACACACCAUGCAUGUGGGGAAAUCAUCAUGCAUGUGGGGAAAUCAUGGUAACAGCAUGCUUUAAAAAUUCCCUUAGGUGUGUUUUUUUAAACUUUGCAUAAAAGAUAAUACCGAUCUAAUGAUUUUUUGCUUCAAUUUUAAAGGACGUCUGUCGAUAUGUUUCUUAGAAAAUCUUAAAAACGUCAAAAAUAAAUAUUAUAAAAUUUCCCUUCGAUAGAAUCUUAAGAAAAGGGCCGAUAUUAAGAAAUGUGCAAAGUUUAAAAAAAAAUUACCGAAGGAAAAGGGAGAAAUUUAGGUUUAAUUUUGGCAUUUUUUACGAGAUGUGACGUGUACAAUUAUCACAUCUGACGUGUACAAACGUUUCUCGCGUGGGUUCCCUCAUGCAUUUCGUAAACAACAAGGCAUGGUCGUAACCCCCUGAGAUGAAACCCUUAGGGAGCCACCUCAAAAACAAUGUCAACAGCUUGGAAAUUAUUAUGAACGGUGUUUCCACUUUUCAAAUUGUUCAAAAUCAAAUUUUCUUCACGUUUCCACUAAGGAAUUAGCUUGGAAUGUGAUAUGAUUGUGCUGAUAUUGUAGUUACAUACACUCACCUCUAAGUUGUUACAGAUGCUAUAUAGUUGAUGCAGAUAACCCCUGAACUACACUGGGCAUAUCAUAACCAAAGUAUAUCAUGAUCAUAUCAUCAACAUUUUGCUACGAGUUUCCUUGAAUAAAUAAGGCUGGUUUUCACAGGUAUUGCAAUUAUUUCCAGAAUGCUGUCCCACAGAACAGAACAGAAGCAUGGAAGAAGACGGUCUUUGAGGAACAGCAACACAAAACGUCGAAGCAUGAUCGAAGUUUCAUAUAAACAGACACCUACUGGUGAAAUGUAUGGUAGGUCAACUCAUUGUUAUAAUUAUACAUUGAUGAGUUUUGUUGGUCGUAGAUUUGUUCUUUUUGUAUGAAUUUUCUGAUCAUAAAUUUGCCUCAAUUAUGUUUGGCAUUGAAGAGGUCAAUUCGAUUCACCAAACACAAGAAUUCUCAGCCCCAUUUUAAUUCUCUAAAAUGGAGUUGCAAGUUUCUAAAUGACGUGUUUCCAGGAUCUUAUUGAAAAUACAGAGUUGACAAAUAUCCAACAAGCAACAGGAAAUGCUGCAGAAACCCUUUUAGCAGAUUCUUUUAUUGUUAAAGAGUUUUCAUUGAUGAAAUGAUAUACUUGUCGUGUGAAUUUUGUUCCAUUCCAUCAUCACUAUAUAACAAAACACCUAAAGUCUGUUCCCUCAAUAGUUUUUAUCAAUGAAUAUUAUAUUAUCAAUAUACUGUAGUUAGUUAGUUUCAAAAGCUUAACAUUACUUCCACAAAUAAUGGAAAUCUCAACCCAGAAAGAUUAUCAACUGCUAGGCCAAAAGAGCUAGUCUCACAGGAGAAUCUGUUAUAUGGAGCUUUUUAUGUAGUUGUAUAUUUGUAUCUUUUUCAGUUAAUUUAAUCCUACAAGAUCCGGUGCUAUAUAUCAGUUUCCCCCUUUUGUGGUCAUUGCUUGACUUCUUUUCUGCAAAAUCUGAUCUUCAAGCUGGGUUUAACGAUGCAGGUAUAACUAUAGUGUUUUAUACAUUUGAUUUUUUCUAUUCAGUGAUGAUGCAGUAGAAACCCAGUAUCUCAAACAGCCAAGGGAGACAAGAAGAGUUCGAGACACCUUGGGUUUGAAUAACCGUCUCAGUAUUAAAUUACACAAAAAAAAACAACUUAAACUACAUUAAUGUAAUGUGCUGAUCCAGUGAGCCAAUUGGUGACUUUUAUUGUGAAAUAUACAAUAAACACUGCCAAUACAGUUCAUUCAGCGAUUGUGCUGUAGGAGUCUGAAACUGUAGAAAUAUAUAUUCUUUAUUAUAGUCUGUUUUACGUAAAUUUUUACGCUGCAUUUCCUGAUAAAUACAAAGACCUGAGCAUGUUGUUUUUUGUGUGUGUGGAAAUGUGUUUAAGUUAUUGAAUUGGUUUAAAUUUGAGAUACGCAAGUUGGGGUUGCACUUUAGUUGGCACCAUUUUAAUUUGUUUGUUAAACUGUUUGUUAAACUUUACUGCCAGAUGAAUUGAAUAUUGAACACUUUGAGCGAUAAUAAUAGUUGUAAUAAAUGUAGUAAAGAUAAGUGUCAGUUUAUUUGACUGUUUUUCUACUUUGAGGUACGACGCUGUCUCAAUCAACCACGGACUACGACUCUCCCGGUCAAUCUAUACCUUAUGUACUUGAAGUGAAUGGUGCUCUGAAAAAUCCUGAGAUAGUCUUGUUAGGUGAACCUGAAAACCCAUGCAGCUCUGCUCUCAUUGUUCAGACAAGCGUCGAAUUUGCAUAUAAAUUGGUUAACAACCAACAGAAUUUUUCUACAGCAAGUAAAAACCUAAUUGUGCACAGUUGUCAAUACCCUGAUCGAGAGGAAACACUAUACAAGGUCAGGUUGAUGUUGCCAAGAAACAAUCUACAGUGUCUUUGUGAGAAUUAUUGGAUAAAGUUUCAGAGAAUAAGUUACAAACAUUGAUGACUAUUGCUUUAUAAGUAAGCCACCACAAAUAGUCCAGACUCCAGAUAUACUUUGCAAAUAUUUCUGCUGGCAUUGGAUUGCUAUUUCGUGAUUCAUUACCAACCUAUAAGGACCCGUGUCAUCAGUACUGACACUCUGUGAAGUACUGGCACACGUGAACAAAGUUUUGGGAAAGAGUGUUAGAUAGUGGACGAUUUUGGUAAUAGAGUUACCAAAAAUUAUUGGAAACACAUUCUGUAGGAGGUUCUCAGAGCUGUGUAUUAUUGCAUACUGUAUGUGAACUAAACAAUACUUGCAUAUGACUUGCAUAUUAGUUUACCUUUUCAGUUUUGUCUCAACGCCUUUUUUUCUCUUGCUGUUAUUAUUAUAUUGGUAUAUUAAUUUAUACCUCAAUCAUCUUUGACACAGGUUGUAAAACCUUGCGCUAUUGAUUUCCGUUAUUCCUAUCCCGGAAGUGACUGCGAAGGUCAGGAAAUUCACCUCUGUGUUCCUGAAAUGAAAAUAAGAGUUUCUCCAUUGCUGCUGAAAACGCUUCUGGCGAUCUAUACGUCAUUUUAUGGUG